GAAAUGACAGAAACGAAAAAGACAGGGGUGGGAUCCGGUAAAAUGUGUAGCAGACCAAUGAGAGAAUAUACAACCGGGAUGUGGUCACAAAACGUAUUCUGUCAUCCAAUCAUAUACGAGGAAUUGGGGUUUGAACGUUCUCAAUGAUCGCCUCUUCCUCUCUGAUGUGAUGGUCUUGUGCAAAUUAAUUUUUCGUAUGCUUUAAAAUUGUGUGUAGAUAUGCAUUUCAUUCAAAAUGCCGUUUUGGUUGUUGAAAUCGUUUCUAAUAGUAUUGUUUUUCCCCAACUAUGCGUCUGUCUCUUUAAAUUACGUGCCUCUUUCAUUGUCGCUGAAAUACUACGUCACACUCACGUGUGGAACCUCAGCUGUAGCCAGACAUCAUAAAAACGUUUUAAGGUUUUUUGGUUUAAAUCGAUCAUUCGUAUAUAUCUUGUAGUAAACCAAAUUAGACAUGGCCUCAAGUUGUCGAAGACCCGAGCAUAUGGCUCCGCCUGAAAUUUUCUAUAACGAAGAGGAGGCCAAGAAAUAUUCUCAGAAUUCUCGGAUGAUUGAGAUCCAGAGCCAGAUGUCUGAGAGAGCUGUGGAGCUGCUGAACCUGCCUGAGGACCAGCCCUGUUUCCUGCUCGAUAUAGGGUGUGGCUCUGGGCUAAGUGGGGACUACCUGUCAGAGGAGGGACAUUGCUGGGUUGGAGUGGACAUCAGCACAGCCAUGUUGGAUGUAGCGCUGGAUCGGGAGGUGGAGGGAGACCUUGUGUUGGGGGAUAUGGGGGAGGGAUUGCCCUUCAGGCCUGGGACCUUUGAUGGCUGCAUCAGUAUUUCUGCUCUCCAGUGGCUCUGCAAUGCUGACAAAAAGACUCACAGCCCCCCCAAGAGGCUCUACACCUUCUUCAGUACACUCUACUCCUCCCUGUCGAGAGGAGCCCGUGCAGUGUUUCAGCUUUACCCAGAGAACUCUGAGCAGCUGGAACUGAUUACAUCCCAGGCCAUGAAGGCAGGCUUCAGUGGAGGCAUGGUGGUGGACUAUCCUAACAGCACCAAGGCCAAAAAGUUCUUCCUGUGUCUGUUCGCUGGGUUUUCAGGAACCCUACCCAAGGGGCUGGUGUCAGAGACAGUGGACAGGGACGUCCCAAAUCAAGUCCAAUUCACAGGACAGAGAUCUCGCUUUAAGAACAUGAAGGGCAAGUCUGCAAAGAAGGGAAAAGACUGGGUCCUAGAGAAGAAAGAGAGGAGGAGAAGACAGGGCAGGGAGGUCCGAGCUGACACAAAGUACACUGCCAGGCAGAGAAGGCCUCACUUUUAAACCCCGGUCAGUCCUGUGUGUUCCAGCCCGGAGGUUCACACUCAUGGAGUACUACUGUCCUUCCUGUGUGACCAGAGGAGCUGUGACCGGCAAGAUUUAAACUUAAAUGGACUCAAAUCAAUCCUACUCUCUUAAAAAACGGGUGGGAUUAAAAUCUUCUCUUUUUUUCCCAUUUUAGAAGUUGAUGGUUGUUUUCUUCCAGGAGUUGUCUCUCGAUCAGUGGAAUGGAAAUUAAUUCAUAUCAAUUUGAGAAUGUGAUUCCCACUCACUCUGGUGACUGCCAGUUGCUGUGGUUACCUAGACUGGUUGCUAGGCUUUGUUUAGCUAUAACAUUCCUAGAGAGGGGACAGUUUCUGUACUUUCCACUCCUUCUGGUGUCAUGUGCCACUCGAGCAUGAGGAGUGGAAAGUUGUAGCUAAACAGUGACUGGUCACCAGUCUAAUGAUUAUCUGGUUGUGGUCCCAAUCCUCUGGACAGAAUCUGGCCCCUCUCUAGGACAUGACCCCCUAUCCUCUGUACAGAAACUGGCCCCUCUCUAGGACAUGACCCCCUAUCCUCUGUACAGAAACUGGCCCCUCUCUAGGACAUGACCCCCUAUCCUCUGUACAGAAACUGGCCCCUCUCUAGGACAUGACCCCUAUCCUCUGUACAGAAACUGGCCCCUCUCUAGGACAUGACCCCCUAUCCUCUGUACAGAAACUGGCCCCUCUCUAGGACAUGACCCCCUAUCCUCUGGACAGAAACUGGCCCCUCUAGGACAUGACCCCCUAUCCUCUGGACAGAAACUGGCCCCUCUCUAGGACAUGGCCCCCCUAUCCUCUGGACAGAAACUGGCCCCUCUCUAGGACAUGACCCCCUAUCCUCUGGACAGAAACUGGCCCCUCUCUAGGACAUGACCCCCUAUCCUCUGGACAGAAACUGGCCCCUCUCUAGGACAUGGACCCCCUAUCCUCUGGAAAGAAACUGGCCCCUCUCUAGGACAUGACCCCCUAUCCUCUGGACAGAAACUGGCCCCUCUCUAGGACAUGGACCCCCUAUCCUCUGGAAAGAAACUGGCCCCUCUCUAGGACAUGGACCCCCUAUCCUCUGGAAAGAAACUGGCCCCUCUCUAGGACAUGACCCCCUAUCCUCUGGACAGAAACUGGCCCCUCUCUAGGACAUGACCCCCCUAUCCUCUGGACAGAAACUGGCCCCUCUCUAGGCCAUGACCCCCUAUCCUCUGGACAGGAACUGGCCCCUCUCCAGGACAUGACCCCCUAUCCUCUGGACAGAAACUGGCCCCUCUCUAGGACAUGACCCCCUAUCCUCUGGACAGAAACUGGCCCCUCUCUAGGACAUGACCCCCUAUCCUCUGGACAGAAACUGGCCCCUCUCUAGGACAUGACCCCCUAUCCUCUGGACAGAAACUGGCCCCUCUCUAGGACAUGACCCCCUAUCCUCUGGACAGAAACUGGCCCCUCUCUAGGACAUGGCCCCCUAUCCUCUGGACAGAAACUGGCCCCUCUCUAGGACAUGACCCCUAUCCUCUGGACAGAAACUGGCCCCUCUCUAGGACAUGACCCCCUAUCCUCUGGACAGAAACUGGCCCCUCUCUAGGACAUGACCCCCUAUCCUCUGGACAGAAACUGGCCCCUCUCUAGGACAUGGACCCCUAUCCUCUGGACAGAAACUGGCCCCUCUCUAGGACAUGACCCCCUAUCCUCUGGACAGAAAUAAGAAGUUGUAGAUGUGUUCUAUAUGCACUAUUUCUAUGCUUCUUGUUCUUAAGUUUUUGUUUUUGCAUGUUUUGUAAAACCAGCUGAAGAUGUCAUAUUUCUGGUUCUUGAAAUUAUAAUUUCACAGCGGUUUAGAUACAAUAAUUCAAAUCUAAUGUUAUGUCACUGAAUACAACAGGGAAAUGCUUACAAGCCCUUAACCAACAAUGCAGUUUUAAGUGCUGAAGUAUUUACUAAAUUAACUGAAGUAAAAAAAAAUGUGUGUGUAUGUAUAUAUAUAUAUAUAUAUAUAUUAAAAAGCAACAAUAAAAUAACAAUGAGACUAUAUACAGGGGUACAGGUUAGUAAUGAGACUAUAUACAAGGGGUACAGGUUAGUAAUGAGACUAUAUACAAGGGGUACAGGUUAGUAAUGAGACUAUAUACAAGGGGUACAGGUUAGUAAUGAGACUAUAUACAGGGGUACAGGUUAGUAAUGAGACUAUAUACAGGGGUACAGGUUAGUAAUGAGACUAUAUACAGGGGGUACAGGUUAGUAAUGAGACUAUAUACAAGGGGUACAGGUUAGUAAUGAGACUAUAUACAGGGGUACAGGUUAGUAAUGAGGCUAUAUACAGGGGUACAGGUUAGUAAUGAGACUAUAUACAGGGGGUACAGGUUAGUAAUGAGACUAUAUACAGGGGGUACAGGUUAGUAAUGAGGCUAUAUACAGGGGGUACAGGUUAGUAAUGAGGCUAUAUACAGGGGGUACAGGUUAGUAAUGAGGCUAUAUACAGGGGGUACCGGUACAGGGUCAAUGUGCAGGGGUACAGGUUAGUAAUGAGACUAUACACAGGGGGUACCGGUACAGGGUCGAUGUGCAGGGGUACAGGUUAGUAAUGAGACUAUAUACAGGGGGUACGGGUUAGUAAUGAGGCUAUAUACAGGGGGUACAGGUUAGUAAUGAGGCUAUAUACAGGGGGUACCGGUACAGGUUAGUAAUGAGACUAUACACAGGGGGUACCGGUACAGGGUCGAUGUGCAGGGGUACAGGUUAGUAAUGAGACUAUAUACAGGGGGAACCGGUACAGGGUCGAUGUGCAGGGGUACAGGUUAGUAAUGAGACUAUAUACAGGGGGAACCGGUACAGGGUCAAUGUGCAGGGGUACAGGUUAGUAAUGAGACUAUAUACAGGGGGUACUGGUACAGGGUCGAUGUGCAGGGGUACAGGUUAGUAAUGAGACUAUAUACAGGGGGUACCGGUACAGGGUCAAUGUGCAGGGGUACAGGUUAGUAAUGAGACUAUAUACAGGGGGUACCGGUACAGGGUCAAUGUGCAGGGGUACAGGUUAGUAAUGAGACUAUAUACAGGGGGAACCGGUACAGGGUCAAUGUGCAGGGGUACAGGUUAGUAAUGAGACUAUAUACAGGGGGUACCGGUACAGGAUCAAUGUGCAGGGGUACAGGUUAGUAAUGAGGCUAUAUACAGGGGGUACCGGUACAGGGUCAAUGUGCAGGGGUACAGGUUAGUAAUGAGACUAUAUACAGGGGGUACUGGUACAGGGUCGAUGUGCAGGGGUACAGGUUAGUAAUGAGACUAUAUACAGGGGGUACCGGUACAGGGUCAAUGUGCAGGGGUACAGGUUAGUCGAGGUAAUUGAGGUAGUAUGUACACAACCGGUCAAAAGUUUUAGAACACAUACUCAUUAAAGGGUUUUUCUUUGUUUUUACUAUUUUCUACGUUGUGGAAUAAUAGCGAAGACAUUAAAACGAUGAAAUUACACAUAUGGGAUCAUGUUGUAACCAAAAAAAAGUUAAAUAAAUCUAAAUAUGUUUU